UUGUUGUCUUAUUGUUGUGUCCGUAAUUGAUGCUAGAAUUCUGGACCUACAGCCCGCCGUAUAUAAGUCUCAAUGGACGUCUGCUGGCUUUUCCAUUGCGCCCGGUGUCGCAGGAUCACUUUUCUCGUUCUCUCUUUCCUCAAGUCUUGACUUUUACGACUGUCUUUAAUCCUCCGUCUCUCUUUCAAGAAUCGCAUUGAACGCUAGACGUUAUGAUUGCUGGCCUAUCCAAGUUCAUUACGCUCUACCUUUCUCCAGCACUGUCCUUGACGGCUCUGCUGCUAUCCCUCUUCGCAUACCUAUCCCCCACAGUGAUGCUGCACGACCGGGUCGCAUUGUUGACGGUUUCUCCGUCUCUCUCCCUCACGCAAGACUCAACGCAACACAUCGAUGGCCCUACUGUCUUUCUGGGAGCGCUCGGUUCCUGCUCUCGGCCGAAUGAUGGAUCCGAAGUAACUUGCACAGUUCCGACGCUGUCGCCUGUCUAUGACCUGUCCGUCUUACCUGAUAAUGCACCGGACCUCUUGUCUGCACCCACUGCUACGACGCCAGCCUUCAUCGCAGUUUCACUGGGCUUCUCAAUCUUAUUCUUCCUGCUCUUCUCUAUGACCUCGUUCCGCCACAAGCUCGGCCCAAAGAUGGAGACCGCGCUGGACAGACCGACCAUCCAGCGUCUUGUCGCUUGGGUUGGCUUGUUUGGGUUCAUGAUCGGUUUGACGUCUUUCCUGGUCAUUCGUAUGUGGUUUGGCAAGGCCGUAGAAGACUUCAACAAGACGAUCACGAAGGCCGGCGGUAGUGCCCCCGCCCUCGUUGCCAAUACCAGCAAUGGCUUUAUCAUGGUGUACGUAGCAUAUGCUUUCUACGCCGUACCCCUUGUCUGCGCACUGGCCAAACUGCAUGUAACCAGUGGUGGCAAGUAGAGCGCAAGCAACGCAUCCCCAGACUGCUUCCGGGGCGAAAAGGACAUUAUGAUCACAACCAACGUAUCUCCCAUAGACGUGACCUUUAUUGUAGCCAUAUCCUGUAGUUAUCCCCACCGUCAUGUGGGAUCUGUAGCCAUUGCUUUCAUUCUUGAUCUUGGGACUGCCGUCGUACAUAUGGACCCACACUAGGGUAUAUUUAGCCGAGAGUAAUGUAUUACGUCCGCGGACUUUCCAAAUGCAUAACUGUUUGCUUCGUGUUCCC